CUCUCUCUCUCUCUCUCUCAGUAAUGGAAAAUUUUGGUGAUGAAUACAGAAACUACUGGGAAACCAAUAAGUUCCUACAAUCAGAGAAGCUUGACAGUUGCUACCUAGACGAGGCCGCCAUAUCAGCUGCCGGAUAUUACGACUCGAGCUCGCCGGACGGAAUUCAAUCAAAGAACAUAGCCUCAGAAAGAAUGAGGAGAAAAAAGUUGAAUGAUAAGCUCUAUGCACUAAGAUCUGUGGUCCCAAACAUUACCAAGAUGGACAAGGCAUCAAUCAUUAGAGAUGCAAUUAGCUACAUCCAAUCACUACACAAUGAGGAGAAAUUUAUUCAGGCUGAGAUAUCUGAGUUGGAAUCUUAUGAACUCAAUAAUUGGUCUAAUGAGAGUCCAAUUAAUAAGAGAACAAGAUUUGACAAUAUAAAUUGCUCUAAUUCUGCUUCCUCGGGAUUGGUCAUGCCAUCUCCUAUUGAACUUCUUGAGUUAAGGGUGGUGAACAUGGGGGACAGGAUAAUAGUGGUGAGCUUGACCUGUGGUAAAAGGGCAGACACAAUGGUGAGGCUAUGUGAGAUGUUUGAAUCUUUGAACCUCAAAAUCAUUACUGCCAAUAUCAAUACUUUUUCUGAAAAGCUUUCAAAGACUGUUUUCAUCAAGGCUGAUGAGGAGGAGAAAGAUGUGUUGAGAUUGAAGAUAGAAAAUGCAAUAGCAUCUAUGAAUGGCCCAGCCAGCCCUAUGAGCAUAUAAUCAAUUAAGCAAUCAGUUGUU